AUGGAAAAUUUGAAGACUGAGAUUUUCUUGGCAAUUAUUGUAAGGCACGGCAUAGACAAUCAUGACUCUCAAGCAAUCUUCUUCUUCUUCUUCUUCUUUCAUCUGCUAAUCUACUCCUCCUCAUCCUUUUUUUUCUUUUACUAUUUCUUUUCUUUAUCCUUCCUUCUGCUCACCUCCUCCGCUUAUUUUUAUUAUUUCUUUCUUUCCUCCACUCACCUCUUCCUUCUUCUUCUUCUUCUUCUUCUUCUUCUUCUUCUUCUUCUUCUUCUUCUUCUUCUUCUCACAUUCAUCCCUCCUCCUUCUACUACUACUACUACUCCUAUUUAUUUCCUUCCAACCGUCUUUGGCUCACCCCCUCUCACCCUUCUUUUAUUUCUACUGCCUUCUACUUAUCUCUUUCUUCUUCUUCUUCUUUUUUUUUCUUUUUUUUUUCAGGGCAUAGACAAUCCAGAACUUUCUACAAGUUGUAGUGCUUAG